AUGAGCGAGCAAGAACUUCGAGGAUUUAUUACAACUCACCGGAGCAGUGACAUAGAAAACCUAGUUGUUCGUGUGAAAAAUGGCCUUAAGAGUUCGAAGUAUAAACCUGUUGACUACGAGCAGCUACGAACAAUUACGGAAGCCAAGAAGUUACAGUCUGCUGACAUACUUUUAAAGAUCAAAAAGGCAGAGCAAGCCUCAAAAAUGAAUAAAGAACAAAUGCUUCUGAAACAGCACCGCCAAGUGUGGUGUCAAGAGCACAAAAGACUUCGGGAAAGCAGGCGCACAUUAGAAUUGGAAAUACAAACUUUUUUUGAUGAAGGAAGCGAGUGUUUUUUGGACUUGUGGGACCUGCGGUAUAAGUUAUCAAAAGACCUGGAUGCAUUUCAAGCAAAUACAGUAGAACCUGUCUGGCAGCUAAGAGAGGACUUAAGGUAUAGACUUUCAAAAACAGAGACCAACUGUGAACAGGAAGCCUGCCUGGAAAACGCAGAUGCAGUGUUAGAACAGGUUGAGUUGGUGAAGAAACAACAAAACGCCAUUUUGGAAAGGCUUCACCUUGAAAGAACAGUUUUGGAAAAAAAGCUUGAAGAUUGCAGAUUGGAAAUAUUGACAAACGUUCGGGAAGAGAGGGCCGCACGCUUUCAUGAUAUCCCUCCACAAUUAUUGGCCUUGGAAUGCCCGUAUCCAGAUUUGAAAGCCUCCGUUUUUAUGGAAUUUCAUAAACUCGCUGAUGAAUAUUGGUUGAAACUCCAGGAGAUGGACAAAGAGUUAAAACUCAUUAUGAGCAGUUUCCCACUGAGUGAGGAAGAUCUCUGGGUUUAUCUGGUGGUGACUGGUCAAUACCCAAGUGGCCUUCAAGGCAGAAGAACUCUCUACUUAAAUAUGUUGCAGAAACUUCUUCCUCACACGACUAGGCAAAAUCUAGUUGCUCACGAAAGGGCUUGGGACCACUAUUGUUUCACUUGGAAUCAGUGGAGAUCACUGAUGUUCAGCUGGAUCCAGGCUCGAAAAGCAUUUUCUCAGAAGGCGGUAAUGACUCUGGCGGAAGCUUGUGCAGCUCAUCAGACAGAAAUUAUGUUGGCUAAUAAUAGAAGAAAACAACAGGAAAUAUGUGCGGAUCUCAAAGAAAAGGUUCUACAGUGGCGGGUACAGCAGGAGGAGGCCGCCCGCCUGGAAGCUGCUAUCGCUGCCCGAAGAAAGGAGGAGGAAGACGAGAAAGUGAAGUUCCAGAAAGAAAAGGAAAUGCUUCAGAGAGCAGAGGACAAAGAAAAAGUGAAAAAAUACUGGGCUGAAAAGCAACGCAGGUGGCAGGAAUUAGAAGCCAAAGAUCUACUGCGUUUGGCAGAAUUUAAGAAAUUAAUUGCUGAACAAGCCAUUAAAGACAACGAAAGAGUUCAGUUUCGACAAGAGCUUCUGAGAAAGCGCUUGAUGGAGAGAAAACAAGCAGCCCUUCAAGAAGCCCACGAGGAGGAAGAAAGACAGAGACGCCUUGAUGUUCUUAGGCAACAGGUUGCCAUUGUUGCGGAGUUUGAUCCUGUUCGAAUGAUGGCCGACACAGUGGCAUCGAAAGCUCGGAUGGGCAUUGGAACAGAAGAAGAAUUCAUUCUGCAAAAGCCUCUGUUUGAAUUGCAUACAUUCACUGAUGAGCAGAUCAUUUCCGAUGCCCGGAUUCGUGUGGAACUAGCUCUUCGCGAAGCUGGACUUCAUAAAACACUUUAUGCCCGAGAGCUUUUGCCUAAAAUCCUUCCACCCAAACCACCAAGGAGAGACAUGAAUUCUGUAUUAUUUAAAAUGUAGAACUGGGACUGAAUUGAGAAUCUU